AUGCUUGCUCCCACAACAGCCUCACCUUUGUCGGAUCAUUGUCAAGGGUCCUCCUCUUCCUUGAUGCCUCAACAACAGCAGUCUGGGGUAACCAACAACGAUAGCCACUUUGAACACACGGACCUGAUGAUGAUGAGAAGGAGGAGGAAGAGCGAUAGUGAGGAGAGCUCUCAUACAACGAACACUGCGAGUCAUGAUGACGAGAAACUCUUUUCUGGUAUGGCUCAACAACAAGCUUCAACGACACCAACAACAACAACAACGGUUACAGUUACAGCAAGAGAGCGACAACCUCAAAACAAGAAUUCGCCAUCAUCGUCUUCGCCCAUGCAAAGCGUAGGAGGAGGAGUACGCUCAUCACCAACCUCCAUCUCACCAAGUGUUCAUUCAAAAAAGGCUUCUUCACCCAAUACUCCCCAACAUCAUCACCAUUUUGGAAAAAUUGAGGAUGAAGAAGGCUACGUCAGAAAUUUGUUAGAAAUGUCUCGUUCCCGACGAAGAAAGAAGAAUCAAGAAUUAUUGGAGGCUUUUCAACAUUUCCGAAGCGAACUUUCGAGAGGAGGGGAUAUACAACGAGAGGAGGAUUCCUUUGAUCCUCCAUCAUUUGGAAUAGAUCAAAACGAUGAUCGUUAUGUUCAACAUGAAACAGACCCCUAUUGGAAUGAUCUUGAUGGCUAUGAGGACGAAGGCUUGGAGAAUGACCACUCAAGCAUGAACCUUCACCAACCUCAGGAAUCAUAUGAGCCUUCUUCAAUCAAGAAUUCCUCCGGCUAUGACUAUUACAACAGCAACACUUCAAAUUCCAGCAAGUGCAACAACAACAGCAUCAACAACUCCCCCUUCUCAUCAUGCCAACCUCAGCACAAAGAGGCCGAUUCACCAGAAAAUCAUCACUACUUCACUCCGACGGUUUCCUCCGAAGUAAGACGAGUGGCAACCACUUUCGCGCAUCAACAACACCAACAUCUCUCCGACGAUCGAUCGUCCUACUUAUUGAAACGUAUUGAGGAAUUAAAGAGCAUGAACAUUAAGGCCAUGUUGGAGAGUGUGAGUAGUACUAAGGAUACGUUCACUGGAGUGGAUGCUUCUGGUAGCUACCAUUCAAAUUCUGAUGUGAAUCUUUCGAACAAAUCGAGAAGUUCCUCUCCAUCCGCAACGAGCCAUUCUGCUCAUCGCUUUAGCAGUAGAUUGGUCAACGACAUUACAACAUUUCCUGCAAACAUGCCACCUUCACCUAAAGGCUCCAAACAGUACGAAGAAGAACGAAGAAAGAGAAUUGUCGCCAGGAACAAUUUGAAUUACGAAGAAAAGGCUCGAAACGAGCUGAAUUUAAUUCCUGAAGAGAUUCCAGAAUGUACUUCACGACAGAAAAACACGACGGACAGUAGCUCCAUUCAGAGAACUCGUUCUCCCUCCCACUGCCGCCCCCACAACAAUAAUGCAACAUUGACACCAAUCAUGAGCUCCAAGUCACCUCUGAGAACAUCCUCAUCCCUCUCCAGUUCAGAGUUGGAGUCAAAGAUUUUCACUCCUAGGCCUGGCUCCUCACAUGCAAGAAUCUCCGCUCAACAAACGCCCUCAAGAUUCUCCUCAACCAAGAACAAUAUCCAAAACAACGGAGCUAGUAGAUCCUCAUUCUCUCCAUCGUCACACUCCAUGAACUCUCUUUGUACAGGCAACUGUCACACCCAACAACAACAUUUUGCCUCUGCUCACCACAGAAACUCCACCACAGACACUGCCAACACGUAUUUCUCACCAUCGAAAACAAGACAAACCAAUUUGAAAUCUCCUCGCACAGGUGCUCACUCACCUCAUUAUCGACCUCCUAGAAGCACAAACAGUAACAUCAGUAGCAAUAACAUACCUAAAAGAAGGAACACGACUGCCCCGAGAGCAGAUCAAAAAAGCCCAAAAUUUGCACGCAAUGAAAAUUUACAAUUUGAUUAUCAAGAGAGACUAAUACUCGAGGAAAUAUGGAGCUUGGAUGAACAACUCAACAAGAGUUCUGUAUUUAAGAAUAUUGUUUCUAACUUGGAGCAUAAUGCUUCCUCAAGCAACAAGGGUGCAGAAGCAAACGGAACAGCUGACAGUACCUCAUCUACGCCAAAAACUCCAAGAUAUGCAAGCCGUAUGGCCAAUGGACAUGGUGGUGACGCAAGUAAUGACAAACAAAAUUCAUCAUUUUCGUCCCUCAAUAGGAGUGGCAAUUUUUCUUAUUCGGGCAGUUUUUUGAAUGCUAGACCUUUGACACCUUCUUCAAGCCGAGCCAGCAGCAGAAGCGGUGUUAAAACACCAUCCAGUCAGUACAGCUCCAGAAUUCGUCCUGCAGGGUUUGACCCCUCUCCUAAAGAGCUUACUGUAGGGGAGAUUACAAAAAAGAAUAGAGAAAAAUAUGCUCAUGUAAAACCAAAAGUAAUGACCCAUAGAGGAAGUGUGACCAAUGACACAACAUCGCCGGAGUCUCAAAACGGAAAUUCCUCGAAAAUUGUCACACCAAAACAGCGACCUGCUUCAGCAUCUAGGAAUUUAAGUGCGGCUAACAAAUCAACAACAUGUGGUUCAUCCAACAUACAUCUAAACAACACGACGGAGCUAUCUUUGACGCCAAAGCGCUCAGCUUCACUUUCCAAGAGUCGUUCAACAACAACAACACCUCAAUCAACAACGACAUCUGUUAAUGUUAAACUGAGAAAUAUCUUGAUUGAAAACGAUGAGUACAAGAGGGUUUGGGGAGAAAUUGAAAGAGAGGAACUUCGAAUAUUAAAGUUCAAGACAGUACCAACUUUGAAUGAAAGCACACAAGACAAACGUUCAAUGAUUGUAAAUAGUAGUGAAGCACCAGAUUUUCAGCCUUCUCCCAACACGACCUCAAAGACCACAAUGAACUCUACAAGUAGUGGCAUGAACGAAGCAGUCCAGGCAAUGAUGAAUGAACGGAUCCGAUCCAUCGAGGAGGGCCUUAAAAGAAUUGCCUCUUCUUAUGAUUUUGAUAAUAUUAACAUGGAAGAUCAUGAGACUUCACCCAACAUGUAUACCAGAGAGGCCUACACCACUGAAGAUCUCCAGCAUGAUAAAACCUUACUCGAAGAUAUGGAGUCAAAGUAUUGCAUUCUCCAGGACAAUCCUCAGAAAGAGAAUCAAGUCAUUUCGAGUAGUGACAAGUACGACAUCAAUGAGAGGAAGACUGCGCAAGAAAAUGAAACUCAUCACCAAAAAGAGCAGAAGCAGCAAAGCUUUGAAGAAGACAAUGCAGCAAUGAAUUCCUCAAUGGAAGAGGAAGUAUCAACCACCAAACAACAUUCAUCUUCUCGUGUUGAAAAUUCACCAUACCCUUUGAAUGAAAAUCCAAGAAUUACCUCUCAUAUCUUGAACGAAAGCACACUCUCCGUCAAUGCAAGUCUUUUCUCUGACCUUUCUCAGCUUCAAUCCAAUCCAGAUUUUAGAAAAUUCAUCAACGAGAAACUGGAUAAGAUCGAACGAGAAUGUACAUUGAGACAGCAACAGCUUCAAACAAAAGUGUAA